AUCGCAUCACUGUGGCUGACUGCAGCAGUGCACUGGUGCUGAAGCAGCAAAAAAACCCCAAAACCCUAAAAUUUCAUUCCCUCAGGAGUAAUGGAUCCGGCAUUCUACAAGUUAGCUCAUUUGAGGUUCUGCACAUCAUCACUGGUUACAUCUGGAACUGAACAACAUGGAGGAUUGUGCCCACCUUUUAUACCUGUGGGCGGGGAUUCAGGAACACCACCUGGAGCUGCUGUGACCACUCUAGGAUAUUGCCCCCAUCCAUCCUCAACUUGGGAAAGUCUACUGGCGGAAGAGCGCAUGCGCGAAGUCCAUUUCAGCUCCGCCGUCGCCAAGGAAGGACCUGUUCGUCGCGGCUCCGCUGUAGAGGCCUCUAUCGGUCGGGUAGGCCUCGGCUUCGGUCUUGGGGGUCCAGGUGUGCUCCGGAAGGCGUCGUCCAGCAGCUGCUUCUCCGGAAUGAAGAUCCUGGCGGCGCUGAGGCUCCGGCGAUGGCUCUCCGCAGGUCGGCAAGUAGGUUCUUGUCGCCGGCUCGCUCCUCCAACAGCUGCAGGACGUCGAGUCUCAGCUUUUCCUCUUCUUGGUCGUCGUGGUUCUGCACAUCAUCACUGGUUACAUCUGGAACUGAACAACAUGGAGGAUUGUGCCCACCUUUUAUACCUGUGGGCGGGGAUUCAGUCUCAUAAGGAACAGCUGCCUGGAGCACAUGUGGGUGAUCUCCCAUCUUCUCCUUAUCCAGAGAUGUUCCAAGGAAUCAGAAAAUACGACUUCAGCAACAGAGUGGUCAAUGCCUGGAAUGCACUACCUGACACUAGUUUCAUCCCAAAACCCCAAAAAUUUUAACCUAAGACUGUCUACUGUUGACCUCACCCCAUUCCUAAGAGGUCUGUAAGGGGCGUGCAUAAGAGCACCAGUAUGCCUACCAUCCCUGUCCUAAUGUUUCUUUUAUUUGUAUCUCUUUUAUGUAUUCAAUUCAUGCUUAUACUUAUAUAUGAUUACCUAAUACG